AAAAACUUUGUUAGAGAGAGAAAUGAAGCCAUCUAGUUAGAGAGAGAGACAAGGAAGAAGAAAGCCAAGAGCGCACUCAACGCCUCUCUACAGUAGUAGUGACGCCAUCUCACGACACAAUCAAUCAAUAGUGUACUCACUACGGUUCACAAGGGAGAAGAGCCUUCCCUAUAAAUUCCCACUCCAUUCCUCUCCUUUCUUCCAAUUCCUCAUCCUCUAUUAAACUCUACAAAACCAUUCGUCUCUCUAAAUUCCCACUCCAUUUUUCCAUGGAAAAAGAAAUCCAGGAAUCCGAGGUCAUUUUCCCGGAAAAUGUUGAAGGGUAUCACCAUGACGACAUUAAUAAGUGUGACUUUUCAGGUCAUUUGAAUUCCCGGGUUCCGAGAAACACAAAGCCCAAGCAGAGGAAGAAGAAAAAUAAUUCUGUUCCUGUGAAUAUUCCGGAAAAGGUUUCUGGGAAUUCAUGGUUUCAGCGCGUGGAAUCGGAUUUCUUCGAUGACGACGAGGACGACGAUGGAGGAGAGUUUGCGCCGCCACAUGUGAUAUUGGGUCGGCGGAUUUACGAGGGAAAAAUGGCAUUCUCGGUGUGCAGUGGAAAUGGGAGGACUCUCAAGGGAAGGGAUUUGAGCCAAGUUCGGAAUUCAAUUCUCAGGAUGACCGGUUUCUUGGAAACUUGAAAUGAAAAUGUUUUCUUUCCAUCGUUUUUGCUGUGACUGUUUAUAUCUGAAUUCUUAUAUUGACUGGAUCAUUUGUAGCAGAAAAAAUGAAA